CCCGCCUCCGAAGCAGUGAAACAUGCGAGACCUAACUGCUCACGUAACCAGCUGUCUACUACAGUUUCCAGAUGUGACUAUACAAGCACUUGGAGAAGAUGAGAUAACACUAGAUUGUGUACUUCAUGGGAAAUUCACAGGAGGUCGAAGUGGAUUAGCUUGCCUUGCAUGUGGACCACAACUUGAGAUUGUAAGCCCUGUCACAGGAGAACGACUGUCAGCGUAUCGUUUUAAUGGGGUGAAUGAACAGCUACCCACUAUUCUUGCAGUGAAAGAGUUUUCCUGGCAGAAAAGAAAUGGACUAUUAAUUGGUUUGGAAGAAACAGAAGGAAGCGUUCUGUGUUUGUAUGAUCUUGGAAUAUCCAGAGUGGUUAAAGCAGUUGUUCUUCCUGGAAGGGUCACUGCCAUUGAACCAAUUAUAAACCAUGGAGGAGCCAGCUUGACAACUCAGCACUUGCAUCAGUGUCUCAGAUGGCUGUUUGGUGUGGCUGUGGUGGUUACUGACGUUGGUCAUGUCCUCUUGAUAGAUCUUUGCUUGGAUGACUUAUCAUGUAACCAGAAUGAAAUAGAAGCUUCUGAUCUAGAAGUUGUCACUGGAAUCCCUUCUGAAAUCCCACAAGUAAGGGAAGCUGUAAUAAGGAAUGGCCGACAUCUCUGUUUCCAGUUACUGAACCCAUCAGGAACUGCUGUGACAACUCUCUCAUACAUACAAAGAAGCAACCAGUUAGUUGUGGGAUUUUCUGAUGGCUAUCUUUCACUGUGGAAUAUGAAAAGCUUAAAGAAAGAAUACCAUUUCCAGUUAGAGGGAGGGAGAGUUCCUGUAUAUGCUGUUACUUUUCAAGAACCUGAAAAUGAUCCUCGCAAUUGUUGCUACUUGUGGGCUGUCCAAUCAACACAAGAAAGUGAAGGAGAUAUUCUUAGUUUACAUCUGCUGCAGUUAGCUUUCAGUGACAGAAGGCGGUUAGCAUCAGGACAAAUCAUAUAUGAGGGUUUGGAAUACUGUGAAGAAAGAUACAGUCUGGACCUUACAGGGGGAGUUUCCUCUUUGAGAGGACAGCCUAGCAAUAUCAAAUUAAUUGGUUGUCAAACUAUAGAAAAAUUUCGAAGCCAUGUUGACAGAGAAGAUAGUAUUAAUGAAGUCAUGUCACCUGAUACAAGUGUAUCUGUCUUUACCUGGCAAGUGAAUACCUAUGGUCAAGGCAAGCCAUCUACCUACUUAGGUAUUUUUGAUAUAAAUCGCUGGUAUCAUGCUCAGAUGCCAGAUUCAUUAAGGCCAGGGGAAUUUUUACACAAUUGUCCAUAUUUUGCAUUAUGGUCUUUGGAUGCUAUGGGGAGCAUCACGUCUCCAAAUCAUAUUUUGGAUGUCUUGGUACAUGAACGAAGCUUUACUCGGGGAGUGCCUCCUUCAAAUCCUCCCCCUGAACAGUUUUUUAACCCAAGCACGUACAGUUUUGAUGCCACUUGUUUACUGAAUUGUGGAAUAGUUCAUAUGUCUUGCACAGGAUUUCAAAAAGAUACAUUGCAUUUCUUAAAAAAUUCUGGCUGUUCAUUAAAUGAAACUAUUCCUGAGGGUUAUAAUAGAUGCCUUAUUGCUGGUUUACUGUCUCCAAGAUUUAUUGAUAUACAGCCAACAAAUCUGAGCCAGGCAGAGCAGUUUGAAGCUGUGUUAUCAACUGCUAUCCAGACAAGUUCUUUGGGGCUCCUCACUAGCUGCAUCAAACAGUGGACUGCUGAAGAGCAACCAGAUUCUGCACCCAACUUGCGUUUUAUUCUCGAAUGGGCGUGGAGUAAAGUUGUUAAAACAAAAGAAGACUUCAUUCGUCUCUGUGGUCCCUUAUUUGAUGGGUCAUCUAACUUCAUUGGUCCACAGACUGUACAGUCUCUCCAGCGCUGUGAGUUGCUUCUUAGCAACCUUAACACGGUGUUAAACUAUUUUAUCAUGGAAGCUCAAGAACUAACUGAAAAAGGCAUUACAGAUCUAACAAACAAACAGAUUGUAACCAGUCUCCUUUCACAAUAUUUACAAGUGGUCAUCUGGUUCUGUCGAUCUAAUCUCCUUCCAGAAAAUUUAGAGGAAGACAUGCAUUUGUCAAAAUCUUUCUAUAAUUACCAACAUAUUCAACGAUUUUAUAUCAAUUGUCAUCAAAAAUUGGAACGCUUAUCAAGGGGCAAAUGGAACCCUGAUUGUUUGAUGAUUGAUGGCAUGAUUUCCCAGUUAGGUGAUUCAGUUGUGAAGUUGUGGCAGAAAGAUGAUGGGGGGACUGGAAAGUAUCCCCCUCCGACAUUACAUGCAUUGCUUGAUCUCUACUUGUUAGAAAACACUGAAGAACUCUACAAGCAUGCAAUUACUAUUUAUUUAUUACUGGAUAUCAUGCAUUCCUGUCCAAACAGAACAGAUACUUCAGUGGAUUCCUUCCCAACAGCCUUUGCAGUUCCAAUAGGUCUGGUUAACCUAAUUCAGGGUUUUUGGUGUUUGGAUCAUAAUGACUAUGAGAAUUCUCUGUCCUAUCUGUUUCAUCCAGCUACAAUCAAAUUGCCCUGGCAACACAUGCGGAUCAUUCAAGCUUUGAUGUGUCAAGGAGAGCACAAGCGAGCCCUUCGAUAUAUACACAUGAUGAAACCAUCCAUGAUAAAUAGCACUGAAGUUGCACUCCACCUUACUGUCUUACUAUAUAACAGUUGCAUGGUGGAAGCUUGGAACGUGUUACGGCAACAUUCUAGCCAAUUAAAUGUCGAAGAGAUGCUCAAACAUGUUUAUGAAAUUUGUCAGGAACUCGGAUUGAUGGAAGAUUUACUAAAAUUGCCAUUCACAGAAACUGAACAAGAAUGUCUAGAGAAGUUUUUACAGACAAGUGCUGGUAUCAACAAUCAUGAGUUUCUUUUAGUUCACCACCUCCAGAGGGCCAACUACAUUCCUGCCCUACAGCUGAAUCAGUCUUUGAAGAUAAAUCUCAUGAAUGAUCCUCAAUGGAGAGAGAGAUCAGUUGCCAGAAAUUCCAUAUUAGACCAUUAUGGCAAAGUUCUGCCUCGAAUUCAAAAGAAGUUAGCCAUAGAGCGAGCCAAGCCUUACCAUUUGCCAUCUUCACUACGGCGGGAAAUUUUAAGACCAAAACCAUUAUCAACCGUUGCAAAACAGAUUACUACUGGAAAUGUAAUUACAAAAGCAACUUUCAUCAAUAAUGUAUUGUCCAAAAUUGGAGAAGUGUGGGCAGGAAGUGAACAGAAAAACAAGUCACUUGAGAAUGAUAUUGGAUCUGAAGAACAAUCAUCCGUGUUGAAGCCCUGCCUUGAUAGACAGUUACCAGAUCCAUUUAUUGGGACACCAAAUACUAAAUCUUUAAGAAAAUGUUCCAGAUUGCUUGACUUGAUGAUCCAACCUAUUUCUCUUGAUUCACCACCUUUGAGAAGAAGCCAGCAGAAGUCUCCAGAAGUUUCAGCUUCUGGCAUACUUUCUAGCCCACUGCAUUCCAGUUCUCAAUACUCCGUAAGAACAUUACUGCCCAAGAACAUUGCAAGAGCACCAGAAUUAAAAUUAUUGGAAACACCUCCUGUUGUCAAGAGAGCUAAAGCUUUGGCAUCCACAUCAUCCUCAGUCUUCCCUGGUUUUACUCCUCAGUCAAUAUUGAGAUCCAGCGUUCGCACUAGUCCUUUAGCAACUCCAACUGCAUCUCCAGGGAGAUCAAUUACACCCCCUCUGCGUGCAAAAGAAACAAAAAUAUCAUUUAUGGAAGAAAGCAAAACUUCACAAUGGACUGGGGAGACAGAUCAUGAAAUAAACAAUGCAAAUACAUCUGAAUAUAUUCUUGAAGCUCAAAUGGAAGAAAAUUGGGUCAAGAAUAGAGAGACUUCCUCCAUUUCAGGUCACAGCCUUCAAGAAGAGCUUGAAGAAAGAGGCCAAUCAUCAGAAUGCAUAACAAGUGAUCAGUUGAAUGAAACUAAAGUCUCCAAAGAAAUUAAUGACACUGGUGUGAAACCAACAUACAUUACUUCAGAAUAUCAUGAUGCAAAAUCAGUUGACUUUGGAAACUGCAACUUCAUGGGCUCUCAACAAACUGCUAUUUCCUUUGGAGAAAUUGUAGACCUACCAGGAUCAAGUGAGAGACAAGUAAAUGAAAUAAGAAAUGAACCUGUAAUGGAACAGCAAACAUCUGCAAAUAUAGAACAAUCAGCUGAAUCCGAUGAAAACGAUGACAAAAAAUGUGGCUCAAUUCCUGAGGAUGAAAUAUUUUCAAAGGAACAUUUGAAGGUUGACGAAGACAUCAUAGUCUCCUUUUUGCCUUCUAAUGAAUGUGCAACUAAUAAUACUCCAGAAUCCAGCAUGCUACCAUUGUCGGAAGACAACAGAUUCCUUGCUGAAACAAACAGCCAAGUUCAGAGGGUGGAAGGAGCAGAUGGAGAAUCUGUCAUCAGUAUUCCUGAUAGUGAAGACAUUGCGAGUAUCCAUUCAAAAAAUGAGCUGGAAGAAAGAGAAGCAAUAGAUGAAGGUGAAUUGGAAAAAACAAUCCAAGAGGAACAUCUGGUAAUCCUGCAAGAAAAAACAUUGCCUAACAUUGAUUCUGAAAAUCAAAAAAUGGAUCUGACGGGAGACGGAAAACAUGAGAUACAAGUUUCAGAAGCUAUAGUAGAAGAAAUCCCAUACAAUGAACUGUGUUCCUCAAGCAAUCUCAAAUUUCAGUAUUACUGUGACAGUGUAGAACAACAGAUUGAAUGUGAAUUACUUGAAAAAGAUGCUGAUGAAACUUCAUUUACUGAAAGAGAUGGAGAACUGCUGUGUCACAACAAUUUUUCUUUAAUAUUAGAAGGUGAUGACGAAGAUUCUACUAGUUUGCAUGCUUCUCCUCUGAAACCAGCUAGCCCAGAAUCAGAGGAUAGAAGCAACAACCAAGAACUAACUACAAAUUCUGUGUCCACGGUAACUAGUAAUGAGAUACCACAGAAUACUGCCGAAGUACUACCUUAUGUACCUGAACCAAUUCAAAUGGCUAUUGCUGAAAAUCUGUUAGAUGUAAUCAAAGACACAAGAAGUAAAGAACUUUCAGCUGAGAUAUUAGAACAAUCUUUUCAUGAAAGCAUAAGCAAGAAAGUAUUAAAUUUAUCCCAGGGUCCUAUUCAAAAUGUUCAUGAAACAAAUAAUGAUGUAGAAUUAAAUAGAAUUGAAAAUUUGAUGCCUGGCAUAAGUUCAACAGAUCAGGCAAACCAAAGUCUAAAUAUUUCGUGCAAGGAUCAAUCACCGACAAAGAAAAAUAAAGCAACAAUAUUGGCAACCCCUACUCUAAGGAGAAGUGCUAGGCGAGCAAUGAAGACAUCAGACAUUUCUGAAAAGCUACCAUAUAAUUCUGAAGGACCUCAAGAACAACAGAUUUUCCAAAUUCCUGAUUUUCCCAUCAGAGAUGUGAAGGAAAUGAAGAAUGAGUUAGAAAUCUCAGCAAAUGUUCAUCCUGUUUCACCGACAUUUUUGGCAACUGUUACCACAAGGAGUGGAAUUAGAAAACCAAAGAAAAGUGUGUCGAAACGUUAUGGGCAUCCCUGCAGUGAUCUUCCUUCUGCUCGCCAGAGGACUCCUAGAAUUACAAGAAGCGUAGUAGGAAAUCAAAAUAGUAGUCAGUUUAUUAUUGAUCAUACAAUACAAAUGACAGUCACUCCUAAAAGUGCAACAAAACUAAAAGCUAUCGCCUUGCAACUUGCAGAAAAUGUAAUUUCGGAUCAGGAGGUUGAACCUCAAGGAAAGCAGCUGUCCGUAUCGCCAAAAAGAGGAAGGAGAAAAAAGCAUGACGUAUUGAAAGUAGUGACUCAGGCAGAAACCACACCUGAGAAGCUACCAUUACCUACUCCAGUUCGAAAGAGUAGAAGCAGAAAGACCGGUCUAUCAGAAACCAUUUUGAAACAUGACACGCAACCAAACGAAUCACAGCUAUCGGAACAGGAGAGAAUACAAAGAAUAGGUGCAUCGGAACCAGUUUCGGAUCGAGAGAGUGGUGUUACUGAACCACCAUCUGUGCGUCGUAAAAGAGGUAGACCGAGAAAGAAUUCUUUGAAUGUUUCGGCAGAAUCACAACUGGACUUGUCUCUGUUGUCUCCUCCGGAUGCUACAUCCUCAGUCCAUAGGCGAAAUACUAGGAGUGGGGCUGUACAUCUGUCUACAACCUCAGGAUGUUUACCUUCUCUAGAAACUUCUAUAAUGGAAACCCCAAAGAGAAGAUCCUCAAGAGUGACAUCUCGAAGUGUAGAGAAAACAGAUACAGAAAAGUCUAACCUAAAAGAAUGUGUUACCCGGCCAAGUGAGGCAGUAGCAUCAGAAAAUAAGUCUGAAAACAGGGGGUCUAGGAUUACUAGAACUAGAAAGAAGACUCCAUUGCCUUCUGUCUCAGAAACAAGUAGAGAGGAAGAACAUUUGUUGCUAGCAACUGACAAUGAAGUGGAAUCAGAGUCUACAGAUGUGGCCAGGCUGAGGCUUGGUGAAAUAGAAGAAACUUUGACACCCCACGCUAGUAGCAUUAAGAGGACAAGAUUAAACCCAAAGAAAGUAAAACAGUCACUUUCCCUGGAUAUAAAUGAAACCUUCUUUUUUUCUCCUCCUCUUACUAAGCUCACAGAAAAAACUAAAGGUGAAAAAGCAGUGAGACCUGUUCAACUUAAAGGUGUAGAUACAGAUUUGGCUUCUAAGUUUGUGUUCUCACCCCCUGUUCUGAGAUCCAGAAAAAGACAGAUGUCCAGUAUUUCAAGGAUUGUGGAAGAUCUGGAAUUACCAGUUAAAGAAGAAAAGCAUGCUGUUUCAGUAGAGACUUUAGAAAAGCUGAAUAUUAAAAAAAGCAGAGCUACAAGGUCAAAAGCAACAAAAACAAGCAAAAUCUUAGGGAAAGACAGUAGUUGGUCACCCCCAGCAAUGGAAAUCAAGUUCAUUUCACCCUUUGGCACCCCUGCAGAUGAAGCCAAACGAAAGCAGGGAGAUUCUGUGGACAAAACAGAAAAGGCUGUUCAAAAAACUGUGCGGAGGAAGGAGAAGAGACUGUCUAGCUACCCAAAGCCAGUUGUACGGAAGAAGAUGCUAUAACUGCUUUUAAAAAUGUGCGAUGUAAACCAGUGUUUGUAAAGUCAUCACAUUUGUUGGAAUAUUAAGGAAAAAAAUCAUCUAAUUUGGAAGAUAAUUUAUAUAAAUUAUUGUAAAUUUUCAGAGAACUACAAAUCUUCAAUAAGUAACUCCGUACGGAGUGUGAUUUCUUCAGUCUGCAGUUUUCUAUUUUAUAAUACACUUCGUACAUUUAUAUAAUAUGUAAAUAAAUAUUUUAGGAAUGUUAAAUAAAAAUGUAUACUUGAUGAUUAUUGUCCACUACAUUUUGGAAGAGAAUAAUAUGGAUGCAGAAUGCAAAUGACUCAAAGGGGAUUUUAAUUACGACUUUCCACUGUUGGUGCCUCUCUGAUGGGAGGCCAGCAUUCUUUUUUUUUAAAAAAGUUCGAUCUUAUAAAUUUUUUUAAAAUUAAAAUUUCACACUUUUAGAAUUUUUAGAAAAUAUGUUGACCUCAUGGGAAUUAAUAGUAGGAGCUAUCCACCCUAAAUAAAACCUUAUUCUCUUUAUUCAACAUGUAUUUAAUUGAAGAAGUCAGAAUGUAAACAAUUGUACUGAAGCUGUGCAAUAUUUUUUUGUAUUUGUUUUAACUUGGGAAAGCUGCUCUUUGAUUUAGAAAACAAAAUCUCACCUCAAAUGUUUUUUUUUUUCUUAACUCGAUGCAUCCGCAGAAGAUUCUUAACAUUCAAGGUAUUUAUAUUGUCACAACUAUUCAACAAGGGACAGCAUUUCAGGGAUUUCAUCUACUUAAAUUUAGUUCAAAUUUGAUAUUUUGAGAUGAUGCAUGUUUUAUAGAUUUUGUGGUUACUAGGGAAAUGUUACCACAAUUUUGCUAAAAUAAA